AUGGAGCUCCGCCUGCGACGGUGGGUGCCAUGGCUGCUGAUCGUGACAGUCGCUUUCACUCGUGUGCAUCGCGCGCAGUCGCAGCUUCUCGACCCGUCACAAGCGGCGGUGCUGGAGGAGUGUCAGUCGGAGUGGAAGGUGCGGUUGAGCCAGUGGAGCAACGGAGGGGACUGCAGCAAGGCGGAGGCCAUUCAGUGCAACGAGCAAGGCAUGAUCACCAGAAUGGCGCCUCAAGGCUACGUGCUGCAGGGCUCUCUGCCCGCCUCUAUAGGCAACCUCGUCUCCCUCACCUACCUAGACUUCUACGGAGCAAGGUUGAAUGGGACCAUACCUGAUACCAUUGGCCAGCUCACAGCUCUCACACACCUCUUGCUAUGGUUCAACGAUCUGAGCGGCACUAUCCCCUACACCGUCAGUGCGCUCACCAACCUUAAGCAGCUAUGGCUGGGCAUGAACAAGCUCUCAGGGUCCAUCCCAGACGAACUCAGCGCCCUCUCUGCCCUCACCUGGCUGGACGUGGGCAACAACCGCCUGUCAGGCCCUGUUCCCGACUCCCUGGGUCUGCUCUCUAACCUGCUUCAACUCAACCUGGGCAACAACCAGCUGACUGGCAGCAUACCGCCAUCGCUGGGGCACUUGUCGGGCCUCGAUAGCCUCAACCUGGUUCACAACCAGUUUGCGGGGUCUCUACCCGCCAUGCUAGGCCAGCUCACCAACCUCACUCGCCUGUACGCCUCUGCUCUUCUCCCCCACAUCCCAUGCCCCCCAUAUCUAAUGGACCGGGUGCAGUGUGCAGCAGGGGGGCCAUGGACCGGGUGCAGUGUGCAGCAGGGGGGCCAUGUGAGGUGCCUCAGCUGUCUUUCUCUCGCUUCUGUGCUUCCUGCAGUGGCUUCUGCGCCGCUUGCACCAACGAAUCAGUUUCUAAUACCUCCCCUUCCUCUCUCCCUUCCACCACACUCCCUCCCCAACCGCACCACCCCUCCACCUCCUUUCCCCCCUCUCUUCUCCACUCUCCUCUCUCCAUCCCUGCUACCAACACUUUCCGCCGCAUCUUCCCUCGCAUCCCCCCCCUGCAUCCCCCCUGCAUCUCCCCCCACAUCUUCCCCCGUAUCCCCCCUGACCCCCCUUCCCGACAUUCCUCCCUGCAUCUCUCCUGCAGUGACUGGGCCGUCCAACUCACCCGUUUCAACCACCACCACCAAGGCUGCCUCUGCUCGUGUCUCUCAACCCACCUGCCUUCUGCCCUACAUCCUCCUGCUUCUGUUCAUCUCUGGACUUAUCACCAUUUGA